CUCCAUGUCAAUCCUCACUAGGAUGUUCUCAAAUGCUAAUCCCAAUCUCAACUAUUUUUGUGUCCAUUCAGGUUGUUCCGUCCCAGGGAUAUCAACCAAAUGCUUUGAUCUUGAUGGAUAUGGGACAAGGGCUCGGUACAAAAAUGCUGCUUCAGCAACUUCGAGUCUUAGCACUGCAGGAGGGCCAAAGGGCAAGAAUACUUGGAAGCUCAAGUAAGUGUUAUUCCUUGCAAUUAUUGUACUAUAUCUGAUACUUUCUGGAAUCAAUCUAUUUUCUGGCAAUAUGUUCCGCCAGGUCCUAUGUUUACAGAACAUGGAACAGUCAAGGCAUUACCGAAGAUAAUAGGGGAUGAUUUUACAGUUAACUACAUCAUUCGAUGAAGUUACCCCAUUUCUGCUAUACUUUACAUGGUGAAGAACUUGUUGCAGUAUUAUAUCUUUGCAUAUGUGGAUGCACCAGCUUACCUGAUCCUGAAAAAUCUGAAUAUUAUCAUCACCGGUGUCUUAUACCAUAUCAUUCUAAAGAAAAGUUGAGUGAAAUACAGUGGGCUGCAUUUAUUCUGUUAUGUGCUGGUUGCACUAUUGCUCAGCUCAAUCCCUCGUCAGAUCAUGUUCUGCAGACCCCUAUUCAAGGUUGGAUGAUGGCAAUUGUGAUGGCUCUUUUAAGUGGUUUUGCUGGUGUAUAUACAGAAGCUGCAGGACAGGACAGUAGGACGCCGGGGGACAGCAGACCUCGUCACUGCACGGCGGCAUCUGCGCUCCGGUCCACGGCACGCGGUUGUUGACCGUCAGGACUGCUGCUGACGCGGCGCACGCAAGCGACGCGCAGCCUUUCCUGCGCGCGGCGCGCUGCCUCCUUAGAUUUUUUUUUUUUCGAGGGGUACGUACGCCUCCUUAGAUUUUUUUUUUUUAGGCUCACGUACGCCUCCUUAGAUGGGCCAUGCGGCUUGGACAACGACGACGCCUCAUUUCCUGAUGGGCCACCAACCCAACAAACGGAUCUGAGGCCUCUACUAGGCAGGGCCCGCGCGCUCCCAGGCCCAGGUUGGCGAAUCAAAAACUGGGCCGGUACCCAGUCCAGCGCGCGCAUCGCUCCGUGUUUGUCUGGGCCAAGCUGAAUCAAUUUGCGUGGACCGAAACUGUUUGAGUCAGAGUUGUACUAGGAAAAUGUGCAGUUGCGAGUGACGUCCCCGUCACCAAAUUACCGUUCCUGAAAACCUGAACCAUGUGUGUGUGGGAAGGGAACCCUUGGGCGAUGUAUUGGCAAGUGUGAAUGGUAGUAAACACACAAGUCACGUUUCUCGAG